AUGACUUACCAGAGGAGGCAUGAAAUAAAGUGGGCCAGCGUUAUCAGAAGGCCAGUGACCAUCAUGGGCUUGAAUACUGGAUGGCUGUUGCUAUGCUUGUCAAGAGACAUGUUGAUGGAUUGCUACCUAUUGAUGUCUACAACAUUGAGCUGGAGGAUCAAAGAGGUGCUGAAGGUUAAUAUGGGUUUUUACAGAUCAAAGGGCAAUAAUGAUGGGUCUUAUGCUGCAUAUAGCCAUAUAUACAGAAGGAAAGCAGUUAAUGAAAACACAGCAAUACAAAGUGGUAUUAGAGAUUUAGAGGUGCUUCAAAUGGGAGAGAAGGUUUUUUUCUCUCUGUGCCUCGAAACUCAUAGAGGGUCCGGAAAGACGACUACAUGUACAAAAUAUGCCCGUCAUCAUAAGAAAAAUGGUUGGAAACCAGCUCUUAUUUGUGCUGAUACUUUUCGAGCCGGUGCUUUUGAUCAGUUGAAGCAAAACGCAACUAAGGCUAAAAUUCCCUUGUAUGGAAGUUACACGGAAUUAGAUCCCGUGAAAGUUGCAGUUGAAGGUGUGGAAAGGUUGAAAAAGGAAGUUUAUGAUCUGAUUAUAAUUGAUACAAGUGGACGACACAAACAAGAGGCUUCUCUAUUCGAAGAAAUGCGUCAGCUUGAACAGGCAACGAAACCAGAUGUAGUGAUAUUUGUCAUGGAUAGUAGCAUUGGUCAAUCUGCAUUUGACCAAGCACAAGCCUUUAAGCAAAGUGUUGAUGUAGGAGCCGUGAUUAUUACUAAACUGGAUGGUCACGCUAAGGGAGGUGGUGCUCUUAGUGCCGUGGCUGCCACCGACAGUCCUGUCAUAUUCAUCGGGACAGGGGAACACAUGGAUGACUUUGAGGAGUUCAACACCCAAUCAUUUGUUUUACGCCUUUUAGGUACAUAA